AUGGAAAGUGCUCUUCGUGAUCUAAAUCUAACAGCUGAUGAAGUACACCGACUUGGAAAUGCCCUCAAAGACCCAAAAUUUCUUGAACUAUUUGAUGAAUACCGUAAAGUGCUUGAAGACCCGGAAGAACGACGUAGGUGUGUAAAAAACAAACUAAAUACUGGAUUGCUUGUUUACAGACCAUCAUUCGAGGAUGAAGUCAGACUGGUGGAGUUGGAACGAGGGAUUGACGUUGAAUUCAUCAAACCAACUCCCUAUCGCGUUCUCAAAUCUAAAAGCUGGCCUAGCCUUAACCUCGAGAUCACCACCCAUCCUUCCAGACCUUCUUUUAAUUCUUCGGAAACCGAUGGUCAGACUGUUUUUAUUAACAUAUGUUCCUGUGAUAAACUGGAGGAACCGACUUUAAUUCUUGAUGAAACAGAGAAACGACCUUUGUGGAAAAUCCCCCAUUGUUUCAGUCCUCCAGUUGAAGAACUUUACAAAGGCAAACUCUGCUUGUCCAUCGAUACGGUUUUUCAUCCAAGAGCAAUCGAACAUUCUCGAAAAAAUAAUGCUCUUCAUAAAUUACUUCAAGUUACUGCCAUCGAAGGUGUUCAUAAGCAGUUUGGCUACAUUUUGGGUCAAACAAGAAAGCAGGCCCUCAAUACCUGGAAGCCUUCAUCUGCUAAUGAGAAGGCGAUUUUUUCAACGUGUAAGCUUCUCAACAAUCCCACGUAUAUGGGUGCCAUUAGAGCUACGAUUAUUCGACGAAAAAGGGAAGAUUUUGUCGAAUGUCAAGAACGUUUGGCUCAAGAAAAAAGAACUGCAUUUGAAGAGGCUCGAAAUGCCCCUAAUUCCCGAGAAAGCUUAGCUGCUCUAUCCAAACUCGACCGUGGCUUAACGGACAGUUUGCCUCGUUUAAAAGAGCCGUUGACGUCUAAAUCCCAAAUCUCAGAACCGAAGUACAAGGAACCGGCAUAUAAGAUAAUCCAAAGCUCAGAAUUUGAUCUCCUAAAUUGUGCCAAUGAUAAAAGUCUCCGGUCUACGUCUUCCAGACCUUCAUCGAUCAGAGUAGAUAUCGAUUUGCCUGGAAUUGAAAGUGCUGAAUGCCUGGAUCUUGAUGUUUCUGAAGCCGAGCUUUGUCUGCAGAGUGAGAAGCCGAUUGCAUAUCGAUUGAAAUUAACUCUGCCCUAUCCAGUCGAUUGGGAAAGUGGGAGAUCGAAGUUCAUUAAAGACGUUAACAAACUCUUGGUUACUUUACCGGUUGUUCAAUCGGCUGUGAUUAGUGAAUUAGAGAAUACUGGGGAGUCUUGUCUAUCUCCUGCACAAUUAAUCGAAGUUAUGACCGCAGAAAAGUCCGGAAAUGAGAAGCAAGUUUCCCAAACUGUUCCUCAAAUUGAAAGAGAAAAACCGGAUGAUGAGUGUGGCUCUGAAUUGGACACAUCUGCGUCUUCAUCAGUAAGCGAUGAUGUUUAUCUUAAUCUCGACAAGAAGGUCUCAAAAAGGUUUCAACGAAGAAAAUUAUCCGACCGGACUGGAGAUAGUGAGUCGGAGUGCUCACUUUCGUUAUCUCCUGCGCCUGAAGGACAUCAAAUAAAAAUGAACAAAGUGAAAGCCGCCGAACUUGUUGUCCCUAAACUUGCUUCUCUAGCAUCAGUAAUCGUGCGUCAAGAUGUAACCACUUUCACCAUCAUUUUGGAUGUAUGCAAUGUUUCUCGUCGUUCUCUGCGACUUGACUGGUCUGAAACAGGUUGUCGUGGCGAUCCCAAUUCCAUGCAUUUCAUGCUAACCUGUACAAGUCGUGGUUCUGGGGGUUGUAAUCUGUCUUGGGGGAUUGUUUUCGUUUGUCCAGUCCCCCCUCAUUUCUCCUUUGACACUAGUUCCUCUACAACGGUCUCCGAAGACGCUGAGAGUUGCCAAGGUGAGGAGCCCGUGGUGAUCGGAUGCCAGGUCUCCCCUAGCAACGUUGCACUUGUGAUACGCAAACCCAGUGCCCUGGUUACGUGGUGGGAUUCCAUUGCGGUUGGACGUGUUCUUGAUUCUGGACUUCAGGAAGUACCGCUCCCUAAACCGGAUGGAGAUACAGUCAAACUCCCACUAGAAGAUGAAUUGGUGGAAGAGGGGAAAAGCUCAGUAUCUAGAAUCCAUAUCACUCACCUGUCACCGGAGUAUACGGAGUUUUCUCUAAGUCCCAGGCCCGAAAUGCCAAGAGCAGUGUCGUCACCAAAUCAUAGCUCACCUUCUGAUCACACGCCACAAUUUUCAUCCAUCAAUUCUAGAUGCUAUUCAACAGACUCUGAUGCGGGUCUACCACUAAAAGGAAUUCUCAAGACUCGGUAUGGUUCAGGUGAGUAA